AUGCCAAAUAAUCAAUAUAAUUCGACAGAAAGAAGUAAAAAUACGCUCAUAAUCAUUGCUGGCGGAAGCGGAACCGGCAAAACGACAGUGGAGAAUUUACUAACUCAGGAUCCAAAUAUUGCUAAAUUAAUUUCAACUACCACCCGCCCACCCCGCACCGGGGAAAAAGACGGUCAAGACUAUUAUUUUAUUAGCAAAGAAACCUUUCAAACUGAGUUAGAAAAAGGGCGUUUUUUAGAGCAUGUAAUCUAUGAUGGCAAUUAUUACGGAAUCCACGGCAAAGUAGUCGAUUUAAUAUUAGGAACCCAAAAUAAGCAUGGGGUUAUUAUUGUGGAUGUGGACGCCGAAAGUUUGGAAAAAAUGGUCGAACAUAUGAGAAAAAGAGGCACCAGUGAACCAGAAAUUAUUCGCCGAUUAACUAUUGCUGAAAAAGAAGAAAAAUUUGCCCCGGAGUUCGAUCAUAUUUUAACCAUUAAAGAAAACGAAUUAACCGCCACCGUGCAAAAAAUUAAGGAAAAUUUGAGCCAUGAAAUAACCAUUUCCGGCUCCCCAUCAAAGGUUAUUUGGUUAGCGUUAGGUUAUUUCUUGGCAGUGGUAGUGAUUUGCGGAUUAAUUAAUUAUUUUCUCCAUAAAAAAGAUUUGAAAUUUCAAAAGCAAUUGGAAGAACAAGUUAAGCAAGAAACCAUUCUGGUUAAUCAGCGGGAUUUGCUUCUGAAAAAAAAUGCUGAGGAAACCUAUUUUGCCAAAUACCAGCAAACUCUAAAAAGAACUCGGCAACUUGCUAAUGAGGAGGAUAAACUUUACACGGCAGCUUUUGUUAUUCCCUCUUAUUCCUUAAUUAAAUAUUCCAAAUACUUUUUUUUCCCAUUUGUUGGUGAUCGCGGUGGCUAUAUAGCAUUUAAUAUUUUUACUGACUUAUUUGAAGCAAUGAAAAAAAUGAUUGAAAGAUUAAGGGGCUAUACUUAUUAUUUUUCCGCCCAAAAAAGGCUCAAUGAAUUAUUAGCCCAACCAGAAAGAAAUGAUAUUCAAAAAAAUAUUCUCUUUGCUGAACCGGUAGCAACUAUAACUUUCCAAAAACGGUCAGGUCAACCACCUAAUCGGCGAAAAUGGCUUCGGCAAAAGCACUAUGAUUAA